AUGCCAGAGGACAAAACAGGCUUUGGAGAUCCACAGCAGGCUGGCGCAUAUGCAACAUACAUAUAUCAUGCCAGAGAGUCGCAGGUUUUACUCACAGACCCAAACAGUGAGCUCAGACGCUUGUGGGUGAAAACACUGGAGCUCUUUGGAGGUAGUCUGCGCGAGAUUUGCCUCUUCAGUCCUCGUGACGAUGACGAUAGGCUGUGUCACAUUGGAGGCCUUGACUACCUUUGCAAGGUAUACCAAGGGAUACCAUAUCAUCUUGGCCCUCACCGUCAUCUCGAUCAUGAUGUCGCUUAUGGCUGUCGAUAUCCUGCCGCUAUUGCAGGUGACGCGCUUUUCUCUACUGUUAUAUCCUGCCUAGCAGCUUCUGGUGUUGCCAUAACCCAAAUUACCGUCAGAAGUAUAAUAACAGGAACAUUCGACUGCACGAAAUUGCCAGGCCGGGAUCUCUUAGACUUUUCAGCAUUGGAAAAAAUCGAGUUCAGUCCAGAAAUUCCGGACGGUGAACAUCACAGCGGCUAUGAAGAUCUGCCUUGCUUAAGAAGGGAAGAAAUCGAGAAACGAACUGCCAAGAUCUUGAAUGCCAUGGCCCAUAAAUAUCUGGCGAUAUUGAAAUCCCUCAUCCUCAACGGAAGGGGUAUCAUGGACUGGCCUAUCGAGCCUCCGACUCUUGAAUUUCCAGUUCUUGGACAAUUUAUCCAUGCUUUCGGUUGGGUCAAUCCAAUUAUGAGUACCUGGCUCAGAAAUAUGCCGAAGCUACGAUACCUCAAACUGGAUGGCCUAGACCGCUCCCUAGGAACUCCCUACAUCGAAUGGCGCCAUCUCUUCAAUGCCAUUCGAGAUCACCCAAGCGUGACGAGACAAAGCACAACCGGCCUGGAGGUAGAAUCUCGCUACAUCCAUACAUCUCAAUGGUACUGCCUCGAGAAGUAUUUCUAUAACGAAUUACCAUUCAAGCGUAAUUAUGGGUUACGAUUUAUGCUAGCUAAGCGUGAAGUUACAAGUAGCAACCAACACGACAACCAACAGACAUGGUCAGUUCGAAGUAAACUUGUGUGUAAUGCCAAGGCAAACAAAUUGAUCAACGCCCAAAACUCCAACCGAUUCGUGUGCUCCACUGCGGCCGCCGAAACAGAUAAGAAUGACAAUUCGCCCUCGCAGACUGCUUCAUCGUGGUGGGCUGAGGAUCAAGACGACAUUACCAGCGGUGCGCAUGAGUGCCCAAAAAGAUGGUUCAAUCAGAUGGUUGGUAUUCCAUAUGCCCAAGUCCGAUUGAAUAAUACAAUUACUUUUGGUGCUUGUUACGAUCUGGCGAAGCGACAUGUCAAAGCCAAUUCGACUGAGGCACUAGAGACGCCAGAAACACCAGUAUCAACUACGAACAGUGGUCAGGAAGCGACGAAAAGAUAUUCACAUCCUACUUCAACAGAGACGAGCAUCUCAAGCAAUACUGAGAAUACCUCGCGCGUUUUACGCGUCGAAUCAUGGACUCUAAUUGUAGCAAUGCUGGUAGCGAUAUGCCUUUAA